AUGGGAUUGCACACAAGUGUGUGUUGUGUCAUAUUGGUUGCUCUGCUUACUGUGACCUGCACAAGUGGGGAAGAUCCUUACAGGUUCUACAACUGGAAUGUCACCUAUGGUGAUAUCUAUCCCCUUGGGCUGAAACAAAGGGGGAUAUUGAUAAAUGGGCAAUUUCCAGGGCCGCAGAUCGAAUCAGUCACCAAUGAUAACCUCAUUAUCAACGUUUUCAAUAGCUUGGACGAACCUUUUCUCCUCUCUUGGAAUGGUGUGCAGCAGAGAAGGAACUCAUGGCAGGAUGGGGUCUUUGGCACAAAUUGCCCCAUUCCACCUGGACAGAACUUCACUUAUGUUCUCCAAGUCAAAGAUCAGAUUGGCAGUUACUUCUACUUUCCUUCCCUCGGCUUCCACAAGGCUGCAGGAGGGUUUGGUGGCAUCAAAAUUGCAAGCCGCUCGGUUAUCCCAGUACCUUUCCCUCCUCCUGCUGGAGACUUCACCAUAUUGGCAGGAGAUUGGUUCAGUAAAAAUCACACUGAUUUGAAAGCAAUUUUAGAUAGUGGGAACAAUCUUCCCCUCCCUGAUGGGCUCCUUAUCAAUGGCCGUGGAUCAAACGGAUUCACAUUUACAGUUGAUCAAGGCAAGACUUACAGGUUGAGGAUAUCGAAUGUGGGGCUUACGACUUCCAUCAAUUUCAGAAUCCAGGGGCACAAGAUGUUGCUGGUUGAGGUGGAAGGCACCCACAGCCUUCAGAACACUUAUAGUUCCCUUGACAUUCAUUUGGGGCAGUCUUACUCUGUAUUAGUUACAGCUGAUCAACCAGCACAAGAUUACUACAUUGUUGUCUCUACGCGUUUCACUUCACAAGUGCUCAGCACAACCUCCAUUCUUCACUACAGUAACUCAGCAGGAAGCGUUUCUGGUCCUCCCCCUGGUGGCCCAACAACUCAGAUUGACUGGUCUCUUGAACAAGCCCGAUCUCUCAGGCGGAAUUUGACAGCAAGUGGUCCAAGACCUAACCCCCAAGGCUCAUAUCAUUAUGGAUUGAUCAACACCACACGUACAAUCAGGCUAACAAGUUCUGCUCCAAUUAUUGAUGGCAAGCAGAGAUAUGCUGUGAAUAGUGUGUCCUUCAUCCAACCCGACACACCACUUAAACUUGCCGACUACUUCAAUAUCUCAGGGGUGUUCUCCAUUGGAAGCAUCCAAGACAACCCCACUGGAGGCGGUGCUUAUCUUCAGACUUCUGUCAUGAAUGCUGAUUUCCGAGGCUUCGCUGAACUAGUGUUCGAGAAUCCUGAGGAUACUGUGCAGUCAUGGCACAUUGAUGGCCAUAGUUUCUUUGUUGUGGGGAUGGAUGGUGGACAGUGGGAACCUGCAAGCAGAUUAAGAUACAAUUUGAGGGACACGAUUUCUCGUUGCACCGUUCAGGUGUAUCCCAACUCAUGGACUGCAAUUUACAUGCCAUUGGACAAUGUGGGGAUGUGGAAUGUGAGGUCCGAGAACUGGGCUCGCCAGUACUUAGGCCAGCAAUUCUAUCUUCGCGUCUACUCACCUGCAAAUUCAUGGAGGGAUGAAUAUCCAAUCCCAAGGAAUGCUCUUCUUUGCGGUCGAGCAUUAGGUCAUCGAACGCGGCCUCUAUAA